CGCUAGGAGGUCCGUCACCACCAAUGCUGCUUCGGCCCAGCUCGAGAAGCCCCUCCCAGAGGUACGUUUGUUUACUGUUGAUGUCGCAUGUCGUUCGAAGUGGGUUUCGAUGGUGGUUUUGUGUGUGUUGGAGAAACAAAAGACUGGAGGGAAGGAGAGACUCCCUAGUCAUGUCCCCUCCCCGAGUCCCCCAAGCAACGCUCGCGAGUCAAGCAAGUCAUGUCCCAUGCGAGUCUGUCUACCUUACCGCUUGCUGCCGGACCCGCCGGACCCGCCUUCAUUCUCUUGACGUCAAGUCAAUAGAAAACACCAGAUGAACACCGUUUGUUUUGGUGGUUUCGAAACAUAUCAUGUCGUCGCCGUCGUUGUUGUCGUUGGGGGCUGGGUUGUGCAGAUUUUUGCGCGCAAUCCAAAGACUGUUACUUGUCGCUUCUAUGACUACUCCUGCUCCGAAAAUGGGAACAUCGAUAAGCUUACCAUGCAAUUUUGCUUCAAUCUAGUCGGAGACCGAGCCCUUCCAGGUCACCCUCAGCGACGAGAGCUUCGAGACCUACGAGCUCGACCCCCCUCCCUAC